CUGGCGGCCAGGCUGCUGCGGUUCAGCUCCUGGCUGCAGCUGGCAGCAGGCGUGGGCCGUUUGCACCUGCCUCCGGUGUCAGAUUAGAAGAGGAGUCAUGUCAGAAGAAACAGUAAGCGAAUCACAGUUUUCCUUGAAGACAGCAGCAUUAAGAGCAUUUGAGCGUCCUCUGUCUUGGUACUAUUCUCUCUCCCAGAUCAGAUUUUCACCAGUAGCUAAAAAGUUGUUUGUGGUAACUGCAGUGACUACUGUAUCUGUAAUUUUUCUGGCCCAUCACUUUAAAAGAAGACGUGGCAAGAAAAAGGGAAAUAUAUUACCAUGGGAACCAGAGCACCUCAUACUUGAAUACACUAAAAGAGCAGCAUCAGAUAAAGGUUCAAGUUGUUCCAGUAGUAGACAGAAUUUGACUUUAUCUUUAAGUUCUGUCAAAGACAAAGGAUCUCAGUCUUGUAACUAUGUUAAUGGAGGACUUUUCAGUAAAUACUCAGAUUCUGCACAGAGUUUGGCCUCUGUCCAGAGUGUCAAUUCUUGUCAUAGCUGCGCUUGUGGCAAUUCUAAUUCCUGGGACAAAGCGGAUGAAGAUGAUAUUAAACUUGUUAAUAUUCCUGUGACUACUCCUGAGAACUUGUACUUGAUGGGUAUGGAAUUGUUUGAAGAGGCAUUGCGCCGAUGGGAACAAGCUCUAACCUUUCGAAAUAGACAGGCUGAAGAUGAAGCCUGUAGUUCUAUUAAAUUGGGUGCAGGAGAUGCCAUUGCUGAAGAAAGUGUAGAUGAUAUUAUUAGUACUGAAUUUAUCCAUAAACUUGAAGCUCUGCUCCAAAGAGCAUACCGUCUCCAAGAGGAGUUUGAAGCUACCCUGGGGGCAUCUGAUCCUAAUUCUCUUGCUAAUGAUAUUGAUAAAGAUACGGAUAUCACUAUGAAGGGGAAUGUGGAUGACUUCGGCCUGCGAGACACCUUGAGCGUUGCGUCAACUGAUUCUUUUGCUUCAGCAGCAGAGCUUGCAGAACACAGAGACGUACAGCAUACUUACAGUCUGGAGUCUCUCUGCCACUGCCCUUUCUACGAAGAAGCCAUGCAUUUAGUUGAGGAAGGAAAAAUUUACUCAAGAGUGCUUAGAACUGAAAUGCUGGAGUGCCUAGGAGACAGUGAUUUUCUUGCCAAACUUCACUGUAUUCGACAGGCUUUUCAGGUCAUUCUUUCAGAAAGAGCCAACAGGAUAUUCCUUGCUGACAGUGGAAGGAAAAUUUUAUCAGCAUUAAUUGUGAAAGCACGAAAGAAUCCAAAGAAGUUUGAAGAUGUUUUUGAUGAAAUGAUCUAUUUUUUAGAGCAGACUGACCACUGGGAUAGUACUGAAAUGGAACUUGCUGCUAGAGGAGUGAAUAAUCUAAAUUUUUAUGAUGUUGUUCUGGAUUUUAUAUUAAUGGAUUCCUUUGAGGAUUUAGAAAACCCACCCACAUCCAUACAGAAUGUAGUAAAUAAUCGCUGGCUAAACUCCUCCUUCAAAGAAACCGCUGUGGCUUCAAGUUGUUGGUCAGUGCUGAAACAGAAAAGGCAACAGAUGAAGAUCCCAGAUGGAUUUUUUGCCCAUUUUUAUGCCAUCUGUGAGCAUAUCAGCCCUGUCCUGGCCUGGGGCUUUUUGGGUCCUAGGAAUUCUCUCUAUGAUUUAUGUUGCUUCUUUAAGAAUCAGGUUCUUUUCUUUCUCAAAGACAUAUUUGACUUCGAGAAAGUACGCUAUUCCAGUAUAGAGACUUUGGCCGAAGACCUCAUGCAGUUACUUAUUCGCCGCACUGAACUUUUAAUGGCCUAUCUUGGAGCUGACGCGCUGAGGCACACAAGUAGUUGUACAAGUAGUCAUGGUCAUGUGAUGUCCAGUGGCCUAGUGGAAGCCAAAGUGCAAUAAGUGUCAUGAAAAUCAGACAAUUUGAGUGUGCUAUGAACUGUUUUAAGGUAACUAUUGAUUCUGUAACAUGACACAGAAUUGGUGGAUAUGGACUCAGGGAGGGAAAACAAUCUAGUAUAGAGUGAGUGACCACACUGUACUUACACAGAAGUUCUGUCAUUGAAUCCCUGUGUUGUGUAUCCAAAGCAGCUUUUUGUAGUCUUUAGGUAAUAAUUGAAGUUGUGAAAUGUUGCAUAUUUUACAGAAAUAUUGCUUGAACUGAAGCCAGUACUUGGGAGUUGAUUUGUCAUCUUGAAGCUAUCUGGAGUAUCCAGUAUCAUUCUCAAAAGCUCUGUUUCUAUGCUGUGCACCUUGAAAUUAAACACUUUAGCUAAGACCUGUGUGGCCGACACAUACAAGAAUGCAUUACUCCAGUGUCGAUAAGCUUAACUUUGCCUGAAAAUGUAUUUUUAAUUGUAAAGUUAUUCAUUUGUUUAAUCGAGUUUAGACAAUAGUGGUGUUUAAUAUGUACUGCUUACAUUAUUGCUUGUGUAUUUGCUUAUGAAUUUGAAUCAAAUAAAUUGUAAUGGUUCAGUAUUGUUAUAAAACAUUUAAAUGAAUUGACACUGAGAUGUUUACAGGUUAUAAGUUUAUAUUAGAUUUACUAUUUCCAAAAUAUAUUACUGUUGGUCCUAUAAGUUACAAUAGAGACACUAAAGAAAUUUCUUUUAUCUUUUCAUAGAUUAGAGCAUUUUUCUCUUAAAUGAAUAAUGAUUAAAAGAUAACAUCUACUAACUAUGACAGGCAAUUAAAAUAUUUUCUGUGUAGUUUUUAGACUAUCUCCCAACAUCUGAAGUUACUAAUCUUGGUACAGUAAAAUGAUUUCUCCUUACUCCUUCUAUAAAACUGGUUUUUAGUUACUCUCACAGAUAACUUAGUACAUUUUGUCAUAUUAUGUCCAUAUUUUUAAAAUAUUCAUACUUUCAAUCUUCAUGAGGUUUUAAAAAGUGGGUUUUUCCCUGUGAAUAUAGAACAAAAUACUUUCAUUGACUUUAUUGGGGUGACACUGGUCCGUGAGGUCACCGAGGUUCCAAGUGCAAAUUUCCGGGGUCCGUGCUCCACGUGCUGCACUGUGUGCCCACCCCUAGUCAGGCUGUCUUCUGUCACCACAUAUUCGGCCCCCUUUCACCCUCUCCUAAUCCCCCACCCCCUUUGUUCUGGUAACCAGCAUGCUGUGUCUGUGUCUGUGAGUGUCAGCUUUAUACCCUACGUGUGAGUGAAAUCAUAUGGUUCUCCGCUUUUCCUCAGUCACUUAUUUCACUUAGCAUAAUGUUCUCAAGGUCCCUCCAUGUUGUUGCAAAUGGCAGUAUUUCAUCUUUUCUUAUGACUGAGUAAUAUUCCUUAGAAUAUAUGUGCCAUAUCCUCUUUAUCCAGUCUUCCAUCAAAGGACACUGAGACAAAUUAUUUUUAAUGGUAUAGAAGUAUAUUUCAUGUCCUUUAUGAUAAAUAUAUGAACAAAUGGGUUCAUAUAAGUAAGGCUCUUUAGAGUAUAUUUGAUACUUUCAAAGUUGUAUUAACUUUGUGUCUAAAUCAUAUACCACUUAUUAGGGGUGGCUGACACAGUAUGUCAAUGGAUUGGAUUUGCUGAUUUUGUUUUUAAAGUGGGCUUUAUUCAUUUUAGGAGUGAGUUACCCAGAAGGAUUUAACUAUAUUUUUAAAUGCAUUUUUAGAUUUAAGUAUCUAGUUUCUGAUUAAUGAAUAGAAAAUGAAAAGUGGGGGGGCAUAAUCUUUUAAGGUUUUAAAUGUAUGCAUAUGCCACAUUUAGGUAACAGUAGUUACAAAAUAUGAGAUUCAACACCUUCAUGCUGUUUGCAUGUACUGUGUUCCAUACUGUUCAGGCUAUAGCACUAAAUAAUAAGACAUUGUUCUCAUAAUUUUUGAGCAUAUAGCUCUUUGACUUUUCUUAUAUACAUUCUUAAUUUAAGAAUUGGCUAUUUAUAAUUCUUAUUAUUGAUGGAGGAAUAUCAUUAGAAGUGUCAAAUCUAAAAAUUCCAUUAUGUAAUGUUCUAGUUUUUAAUUUAUACCUUGUAUUUUUAGCUUCUUGUUGAGGUACCACUGGCCUUGAAUUAGUCACACACAUACACACACACAUUUCCAUUAUCAUGUAGGCAAGACAGUUAUUGUUUAUAUUAAUUUUCCUGUUUGGUGGGGGCUAAAUAUUUUAAACCGUGGUUUUAUAAACAAAGCUAUAAGUAAACUUGAUUACUCUUUUAUUUGAGGAAGAUACUGUUUGAAAUCUAUUUUGAAGAAUUGCACUAUUUAAUAAUGCUGCUACUACGUAAAAUAACUGAAGAAUUUAUUUCAUCAGGUAAGAUGAAUGGCUUUCCGGAAGGUGUUUUUCUUUUUUCUUUUUUAUUUCACCUUUUAAAAAAAGUUGGCCAUAUUCAAGAGGUUGGUUUGUCUAAUUAAGGGCUUGAGUUUGAUUAGUUUCUGGUCAGUUCAGUAGUUACUACUUGGGGAAGUGCUUUCUUUGUGGCCUUUAAUGAAAGAGUCAAGAGUGACCAAAUAGAAUUUCAGGGUAGUAAGUAUAGGAAAAAAACUUCUGUAUUGUAAGAGAAGAAACGACUUUUUUAAAAGAAAUAAUCUCUUUAAAAUAUUUUUAAAUAAAUUGCAAUUGCAAUUUUCCUUGAAAUUGGGUUAAAUAGUUAAUGUUUUUUAAAAUAAAAGAAAAUGAUUUAAACUAGUUUAAAAUCUUUUAGGUUGAAACCCUGUUUAACAUUUACUCAUGGUAGUAUUAUCAGAAAAUUGCCAUUGCCACAUGAGUCCUACUAUCCAGUUCUGUAUGUAAAUUUUAAGAGAGCCCUGAAUUAGUCCUGAGAAAAUGAAUUUUUCCCCCUUCUGUUUUCUGGGAGAAAAAAGAUGAGUGUUCAGGUGAUUUAUAUUUGGCAUUUUUUUCUAUUUUGGUUUCUCUAAAUUUUUUUUAAAAGAUUUUAUUUAUUUAUUUUUAGAGAGGGAAGGGAGGGAGAUAGAGAGAGAGAAAGAGAGAGAGAGAG